AUGCACAGGACCGGAGAAGGCAACCAAACCUCCCUGCCCCAGGAGUUCAUCCUGUUGGGUCUCUCCAGCCGUCCAGAGGUCCGGCUGGCCCUCUUUGCGGGAUUCCUCACCCUCUACCUGGUGACCCUGCUUGGGAACCUGCUCACCGCCCUCCUGGUUUGGGCUUCCCCUCUCCUCCACACCCCCAUGUAUUUCUUCCUCGCCAACCUCUCCCUCCUGGAGGUCGGCUACACUUCAAGCGUCCUGCCCCAGAUGCUGGCCCACCUCCUGGCAGAGCGCGGCACCAUGCCCUUGGCCCGUUGCAUGGCCCAGAUGUUCCUCUUCCUCUCCUUUGGCAUCACAGAAUGUUUCCUCCUCACUGUCAUGUCCUACGACAGGUAUGUCGCCAUCUGCCGCCCGCUGCACUACCCACUCCUCAUGGCCAAACAGGUGUGCGUCGCCAUGCAGCCGCAUCCCAGGGCAGCCGCAUCCUGGGCAGGCGGUUUCCUAAUUUCUGCCGUCAACACCGCGUCCACCCUCCAGCUGUCCUUCUGCGGGCACAGGGAGAUAGACCAUUUCCUCUGCGAGAUGCCGGCCAUGGUGGGUCUGAGCUGUGCAGGGAGGGAGCAAGCCCAAACCACCAUGUCUGUGAGCUGUGUGGUCACGCUGGUCUGCCCGCUUUCCUUAAUCUUCCUCUCCUACGCCCGCAUCCUUGGCACCGUCCUCAGCAUCCCCUCCGCUGCCGGGCGGCAGAAGGCCUUUUCCACAUGCUCCUCCCACCUCCUCGUGGUCAUCCUGUUCUUUGGGACAGUGAUUUCCAUGUACCUGACACCCAGCUCUAGCUCCUCCGUGGGGCAGCUCAAAACCAGCUCCGUCUUCUACAUCACUGUCACCCCCGUCCUCAACCCCCUCAUCUACAGCCUCCGGAACAAGGAGGUGAUCGCUGCCCUGAGGAAGACAAUGGGGAAGGGUGUCGGCACAGGCCUUGUAUGA